AUGUUAAUUAGUAAGGCCAUUCUCCAAAUUUUCAAGUCUCAACUCGACUAUCCGUAUGAGAAGCCUUCUAAGAUCCCACAGACCGAAAAUGACAAAUGGCAACGUGCUUUCAAACAAGAUUUCACGUGGGAGGAGAAUUUAACUAGCAUGGUUCGAAAGGGUUUCAACCUCCAAGUGACUGCCUCAUACAAGAGCCAUAUGCAUGAAUGGAAACAAAAGUGGAUUAAAAACGCGGACGAGAAGCCAGCGGACUUAGCCCCGCAUGUUUGGACGGGCCUUAAACAGUAUUGGAUGAAACCCGAGACAAAGGGGACAUCAACGACAAACUCAAAGAACCGGAUGAGCCAAAGAGGUAGAAAGGGACACUUUACUCAGAACGGUGGGACGAAAUCGAUCGAAACUCGAGAGCGGGAAAUGACAAUCGCUAAUAAUGGUGUGAGACCGCAUUAUGGAGUCUUGUUGAAGGAAACACACACAAACAAAAAAACAAAAAUGGCUCAAGAUAAGGUGGUUGAGGAGUGCCUCGCAGCGAUAGAGGAAGACCGCCAAACUCAACUUACUCAACUAUCUCAGGCAGGAUCAAACACCGAGGACUUACCCCGCGAUGACAUGAACCUUAUCGUGCUUAACGUAAUUCGGGGUUGGUCGGCUUCCGGAGCUAGACCAAGCAACCCUACGCAUCUUGAAGAAGAAAUUGAGAGAUUGAACGAGCGACUCAAUGAGAAGAGAGCAGAGCGAGAGAGGAAAGACAAGGAAAACGAAGACUUCCGAGCACGGAUGAAGGCGUUUCUCAAGACGGCUUAUCCGGGACAAGAUUUUUAA